AUGGGGCGAAAUGCCAAAAGAAGAAAACAAAUAAAAGAUAAAAAAAAAAAUAGUCUGGUCGCACAACAUCUAACAGCUAUUCAAACAAAGAUUUGUCAAUUAGAAGAUGCAAAGGAAAAAUACAAUCAAAAUAUACCUCUUGAUACGCACAGUAAUGAAAAAGUAAUUGAAAAUUGCAAUAAAACAAAGGAAAAAUAUGAUAGAUUAAGUGAAAAUAAGAAUAAAUGUUUAAGUAAUGAAAAAGAAAUAACAAAAGCAAGGAAUACGAAUCCAUUUGUUAUUAAAAUAGUCAUUAAAAGUGUUUUAGAAUUAGCUGACAAAAAUAGGGAUCCGAUAAGUAAAGCAGAAAGUAUGAAGAUAAUAAAUAAUACAUUACAAAACAUUCCUAAUUUUUUACAAAGGCAAAUAUUUAGAAACAUUCUUCUUCAAAUGGGUUUAAAAGAUCUUAUUCCACAUUUAAGUAAAUAUAAUAACCAACAAAUAAACGAUGAAAUAAUCAAAUUUGAAAACCAAAGGAAAAUUGAAAACAAUGUUGAACUAACUAAAAUUGGCAAGCACCCACUUAAUGUAUUUAGUGAAGCAUAUGUAUCUUUAUUGGAUGUUCCAGAUGCUAAAAAUGAUUUUAUGAAUAUAAUUGAAAAUAUAUCUAAAGGAUUAUUGACACCAGGUGACAUAAAAAGAAUUUAUGCCCAUCUUUCAAAACAAUCAAAAGAUAUUACUGUUCAAACUGAAGCGAUUUUAGAUGAACAAUGUUAUAAUAAAUCAAAUAAUUUAGAAAAUAAUGACUCCGAUAAAGAAAAUGGUUCAGUUACGUCUGAUCAAAGACAUAAUUUCAUAACACUUAAAAGAAAAAAUUUAGAUACAAUUGAUUAUAUUGAUGAAAAAGAAACGAAUAAAACGAUAGUACAAUCUUCAUGUCAAUUGUGUCAAAGAUGUUCAAGAAAUUCCUGUGAUGCAGAAGUUCAAACAGAAGUUAUAGAAAGCCAAAAAACAAUACCACUACCUCCACUCUUACCAGCCGGAUUUUUAUCCAAUACAAAGUCAAACACGAAUAUACCUAAGAAUUUAUCUACAAACACUAAAAGUUAUCAUGAAGAAAGUUCACUUAUAUCUCAAUCAUCAUCAACGACAAAUAAUAUUACACAUCUCAUGCCUGAAAACAAAUUUCCAAUUCCUCCACCUUUACCUGAAAAUAAAACAAUUUCAUCAUCAUCUGGAGCUGCAACUAUUUUACCACCAGCUCCACCAUUACCAGGAUCAAAAGUUAUUCCACCACCUGCUCCACCGUUACCAGGAACAAAAAUAGUUCCACCACCGGCCCCACCUUUGCCUGGAAAUAAAAUGGUUCCACCACCUGCUCCACCUUUACCUGGAGCUAAAAAAAUUCCACCACCCGCUCCUCCUUUACCUGGAGCAAGAGGAAUUCCACCACCGGCUCCACCUUUACCUGGAGCUAAGGGAAUGCCUCCACCAGCUCCACCUUUACCUGGAGCCAAGGGAAUGCCACCACCAGCUCCACUUUUGCCUGGAAUGAAAGCACUCCCACCAGUUGCUCCACCUUUACCUGGGGCCAAAGGAGUUCCUCCACCAGCUCCUCCUUUGAAUGGAGCAAAUAAUUGUCCACCUUUACCACCACCGUUAUUUAAAUCAAGCAACUUCCAAUCGUCAGAUUCAUCAAUUCCUGGAACGACAGAAGCUUCACAAACGUCCAUUGGCUUUUCGAAGACUCCUCCAAAUUCAACAUUAACAAACGUUUUAUCUUUAAAUGCAUUACAAGGUUCUAAUUCAAGAAGUUCAGUGGUAUAUAGUAAAACAAAAAAAACAAAUACAAUCCAAUGGACAGCUGUUCGUAAUCAAGUUAUAAUAAAUAAUAAAACUAUAUGGAAUCAUUUUGUAGAACCUGAUUUUCCUCCAGAUCAACGUGAAAAAUUAGAAAAUAUGUUUGAAAGAACAAAAAUUGUACCAAAAAAAAUUAUUUCCAAAUCUAUUGAGUCAAAAAAAUCUUCACCUAAUAAAAAUGAAACAAAUGGAAAAAAUAGUACCGGUGGAUUAAGUGAAAAAAGAGCACUUAAUUUAGGAAUUGUUUUAUCAAGAUUUAAAGGAACAAAAGGUUUUGACUUGGUAGAAGCAUUAGAAAAAGCACAAUCAUCUACUUUUGAUAUAGAUACUAUACAAAAUUUACUUGUUCAUUAUCCAACCAAAGAGGAACGAGAAUUUUUUGGUAAAAUUGAAUCAAAAGAAGGUUUAAAUAAUAAUGAAGCUUUUGUUUGGGGAGUAUCUAGAAAACCAAAUUUACGUUUAAAAUUAGAAUUAAUUGUUUUUGAGGCAAAUGCUACCAAUGAUAUACAAAAUUUUUUAAAAUCCGGUGAAAAUUGUUUAUUAGUAUGUCAAAAAUUGAUGGGAAAUGAAUCAGUUGAUCAAUUUUUUUUCAAAUGCCUACAAUUUGGUAAUUUCUUAAAUCAAAGUACUUUUGCUGCAGGUGCGCAGGGUUUUACUUUACAAUCAUUAUUACAAACUCUUAUGGCUAAGGGAACGGGUACAAAAAGUUCAUUAAGGAUGGUUGAUUUACUUGCAGAAGUAGCUGAUGAAGUCAUUUUUAAAGUAUUAGAUAUUUUACCAAUGUUGAAAGAAACUAAAACAUUUGUAUUGUCUGAAUUUGAAGGAGCUGUAAAAAAACUUAAGAAUCAGAUAUUAGCUAUAAAAAAACGUGUUGAAAUAGCUGAAAAUGCUAAUGAAUUAAAAGAAGAAUAUACUGAGUUAUUAAGCAAAUAUCAACAUCAAUGUGACCAAGUUGAAGAUACUUUAACAGAAAUUAAAAAAUAUGAACUAGAUUUACAACAAUUCUUUUGUGCUGAUAAUUUAAAACUAGAAGAAAUUUUAUGUAUAUUUCUUCAAGCUUUUACAUUAUUUGAAACAGCAAAAAAAAUAUUCAUCUCAAAAACAAUGCGUACUGAGAAGACUAGUAGGCUCGGAAAUAAUAAACCACUACACAUUAUAAGAAAAACAAUUACAAAAACAGAAUUAAGAAAAAAUGUUGACAUCCACAGUUUUAUCGAUAUGCUCAAUAGUGGUCACAUCUAA